UUGGGAAAACAAAUAAAACCCCAAAACCCAAUUUCUACUUUUAGAGGCAAUAUAGGAAACUAGCUGAUUGUCCCCAAAAAAAUAAAAGAAAAAUGGCUGAUCUUCAACAGACCAAGAGCAAGAAGCUUGAAGGAAAGGUGGCAAUAGUCACUGGCGGUGCCAGCGGCAUCGGGGAAGCCACGGCGCACAACUUCAUCAACCACGGUGCACGCGCAGUAGUGAUCGCCGACAUCCAAGAUGAAAAGGGCCAAAACGUCGCCGCAUCGAUCGGUCCCGACCGCUGCACCUACAUCCACUGCAACGUGACCGAUGAAAACCAGGUAAAAUCGCUAGUCGAAUCCACGGUUUCAAUCUACGGCCGCCUCGACAUCGUGUUCAGCAACGCAGGAAUCAUCAACAAACGCCCACAAACCGUUUUAGAGCUGGACUUGUUGGAGUUCGACAAGGUUAUCACAGUGAAUACGCGGGGCGCGGCGGCGUGUGUGAAGCACGCGGCACGUGUGAUGAAGGAAGGAGGUGUGAAAGGGAGCAUAAUAUGCAUGGCGAGCGCGUUGGCAAGUCGUGGGUUCGAGACAAGCACAGACUAUACGAUGUCGAAGAGCGCUGUGAUCGGGCUCGUGAGGUCGGCUAGUUUGCAGCUCGCCGGAGAUGGGAUUAGGGUGAACAGCGUGUCGCCGGGGGUGGUUGGGACGCCGGCGGCGAGUGCUUCGCUUGGAGUUGACGAGGACCAUUUGGAUGAGGUGGUGGAGAAGUUCUCGAGGAUGAAAGGGGUUUUGAGGAUGAAGCAUGUUUCUGAUGCGGUGUCGUUUUUGGCCUCCCAUGACUCGGAGUUCGUGACUGGGAUUGAUUUGGUUGUCGACGGUGGUUUUACUACUCCGCAAGACGUGAUUUGAUGAAAGUUCGAGCCGUUGACCAUUUGACUGCAGUCAAAGCUUCUUUUUAUCUGAGUCAUUACAAUAAGAUAGAAAUGUGUGCUAGCCUUCUUUGCCUUAUUAAUUAUUGAAAAUAAAUGUUCCACUAUAUCCGCCAUCUUUAUAAAUCUUUGUUUAAUUGUUCCUGCCGGAAAA